AGUUCAGUCCUCUAUCUAUAGUCGAUCAACUCAUAAGUAUCAUAUUUUUCAUAGAUGAAAUAUUAUUAAAAAAAUGAAAGAUUAGUAACAUCUCUUACAUUAACUAAUAUGGAAGAUCCUUCAAAAAAAUCUGAGUUGCUUGCAUCUUCAGAUUUCACAAUAAUUGAUAAUCAAAAAUUUGGAAAGAAUAAAAAGGUAAAAAGAGUAUUACCUCAAUGGCUUGCAAAACCGACCAUAGUAUCUGUAGAUUUAAAAAACUUAGAUUUACCUAUUGAUAAUAUGCCAGAAUUAGAUAAAAGUUUAGUAAAAAAAUUGCAAAAUAAAGGGUGCACACAUUUUUUUCCAGUUCAGGCAAAAUUAGUACCUUGGUUAAUCAAAUCACAAAAAAAUUGGGAUGAAAGAUGGAUUAGAGAUGUUUGCAUUUCAGCACCAACUGGUAGUGGUAAAACAUUAUCCUAUGUCUUACCUAUUAUUCAGGUAUUAAGAGCUUUUACUACUCAUCAAAUUAGAGCACUUAUUGUUUUACCUACAAAAGAUUUAGCUUUACAAGUUUACAAAGUAUUUAAAUAUUUUAUACAACAUACUUGUGAUCUACAACCUAUACUUCUAGAAUCUAAGAAUUUGACAUUAGAAAAAGAAAAAGAAAAAAUUCUUCAAUUCGAUAAAAAACAUGGAUGGAUUAGUUUGGUUGAUAUUAUUAUAACUACUCCAGGUCGUCUUAUUGAUCAUUUGAUAUAUAGUGAAGGAUUCACUUUGCAAUAUCUUCGAUUUUUAGUUCUUGAUGAAGCUGAUAGUUUUACUAACAUUUUAAAAAAUGAUUGGCUGUAUCUUGUUAAUGAUAGUUUAGAAUACAAUGGACCUUCAAUAUGUACAUUAGAUACUUUAAAAAAGUCACCUCAUAGAACACAAAGGUUAUUGUUUUCAGCUACUCUUACUCAAGAUCCUGAAAAGUUGAAGUUUUUAAAUCUUUUUGAUCCUAAACUUUUUACAUCAAUAGUAAAAAGAAAAAAUAUAGACAUUUUGCAAAAUGUCAAUAGUGAUGAGCCAGUUCGAGGUGACUUUGUUGGAAAAUAUACUACACCAAAAGAACUUAAAGAAUACAUGGUUUUAUGUCCAGAAGAAAACAAACCAUUAACUUUGUAUCAUUUAAUUAGAAGUAAAUCACUCAAAAGAGUGAUUUGUUUUGUAAAAUCAAAAAUUGAAGUUCAUCGUUUGGCUAGACUAUUAUGUAGAAUAAGUGAAAAUGAUACAAACAACACUCCAAUAAGAGUAAAUGAAAUUUCUGCUGACGUUUCUCAAAAAGUUCACAUUGAUUACAUGAAACGGUUUGCUGAAGGAAAAAUUGAUGUAUUAAUAUGCACAGACUCACUUGCAAGAGGCAUUGAUAUUGAAAGAAUUUCUUGUGUUAUUCUAUAUAAUGUACCCAAAUAUUCUAAAAACUAUGUGCACAGGAUUGGUAGAACUGGAAGAGCAGGACGUAAAGGAAAAGCUAUUACCUUAGUCACACCUGAACAUAAAGAGAUUUUUGACAAGGUAUUAUCAACAGCAGGAAAGACUAAUGUGAAACAAUUAGAUGUAAAUGUUUCUGAUUUAGAACAAUAUGAACAAAUUUACAUAGAUGCAUUAAAAGGCCUUAAAACUGAAAUAACUCAAAAAGCAAAACCCGUCAGUAAAAAAAAAUGGAAAAAAUAUAAAAAAAUUGAAAAUUGAAAACUACCAUGGAAAAAGUGAUUAAAAUCUUUGAUGCGUAGUUGAGAAUCUAUUGGUUUAUUUUGCUGUGUAUUUUGUUUGUAUUUGCCAUUAUUCCCACUCCUAUUGGACUGAUUUUGUUCAACAAUAUGUAUCUAAAUGAUGCUAUCAACACAAUAAUAUUUAAAAAUUUGUCUUAGUUCUGGUAUUAAAGAGGUAUAUCCUAAAUUAUUACAAUUGUCAUAAAAUUAUCAAUGUUUAUAUUUUUAGUUUUUACUUUAUAUUGAAAUAAAUUUUUGAAAACUGAAUGAAUUA